GCAGAGUCGUGUGCUCCUAGUGCAGUUGCUGGUGUAAUUAUCGGAAGGGGCAAGCAGCUGCAGAGCUGCAGCGACCAAGGGGACGACGCGAGGAAGAUGAGGGCGGUGGUGAUCACGCGCGGCGGCGGCGGCCCGGAGGUGCUGGAGGCGCAGGAGGUGGAGGAACCCGCGCCGCUGGGAGACGGCGAGGUCCUCCUCCAGGUGGCCGCCGCGGGCGUUAACCGCGCCGACACGCUCCAGCGCCACGGCCGCCAUCCGCCGCCCCCCGGCGCGCCCCCUUACCCGGGGCUCGAGUGCUCCGGCACUAUCCUCGCGCUCGGCCCCAACGUCCCACCGCGGUGGUCCGUCGGCGACAAGGUCUGCGCGCUGCUUAGCGGAGGCGGGUACGCGGAGAAGGUGGUGGUGCCGGCGGGCCAGCUGUUGCCGGUGCCGGAGGGCGUGUCCCUUACGGACGCGGCCGGCUUACCCGAGGUGGCCUGCACCGUCUGGUCCACCGUGUUCAUGACCAGCCACCUCUCUCCCGGCGAAUCGUUCCUUAUACAUGGAGGAUCAAGUGGAAUUGGUACGUUUGCUAUACAGAUUGCAAAGCACCUCGGAAUAAAGGUUUUUAUCACAGCAGGAAGUGAAGAAAAACUAGCAGCCUGCAAAGAUUUGGGUGCUGAUGUAUGCAUUAACUACAAAACUGAAGACUUUGUUGAGCGUGUCAAACAGGAAACUGAUGGGAAAGGUGUCGAUGUAAUUCUCGACAACAUUGGAGGACCAUAUCUCCAGCGCAAUCUGAACAGCUUAGGUGUUGAUGGCAGACUUUUCAUCAUUGGCUUCCAAGGCGGUGCUGUAACUGAAGUGAACCUGCAAGCUGUGCUUGCACGGCGUUUGACCAUACAAGCUGCUGGACUGCGCAACAGAAGCCUUGCUAAUAAAGCAGAGAUUGUUGGUGAGGUCGAAAAGAAUGUGUGGCCUGCUGUCGCUGCUGGCAAGGUGAAGCCGGUGAUUUACAAGACGUUUCCGUUGUCUGAAGCUGCUGAGGCUCAUAGGUUGAUGGAAGCUAGCACCCACAUCGGCAAGAUACUGCUGCUUCCAUGACUGUGCCUGUAGCUUUUGGGCUCUUUAGUUCUGGAGGAGUCAGUUCAAGAACAUAUGCAACUUCUGUGACAGUCUGCAUGAAUGGUGUACUGGUGUAGCAUGGCCUUUUUAUCUUGUAUACUAGAUUGGAUCUUUUUCCCCUGAGCAAUUCUCUUGUCAAUUGGAUCCUUCAAGUACUGAUGAUGUUUUUCUGUGAGCUAUGAUAUAAUAAAUCUGGCAGACGGACAUGUCCAUGCCACUACAGUACGUCA